AUGAGAAAAUUCAUGGACAAGGCGAAGUCUGCCUUCGACGACAUUGGUAGCAGCAAACCUACAGGGCAGCCCCAGUCAAAGGUCCAGGUUCCUAUGCAAGACGGCCAAUGCACGAUCCAGCCUCCGACGUCUUCCGACGUCUUCAAAUACCGUUAUCACCACGGAGUGAACCUGGGAUCGAUCUUCAUAUUGGAGCGUUGGCUGACCGGGUGCAUGUUCAAUGACAAGUCACAAGGCACGAGCGAACUUGCGUCUGUUGAGAGCUGGGUGCAGCUCGAAGGUACGGAAGCCGCCCGGAACAGAUUCGAAAAGCAUUGGAAGGAGUAUGUCAGCGAUGCAGACCUCGACUGGCUGAAAGACGUGGCGAAGUGCACUACCGUACGUCUCCCCAUCGGAUACUUCACACUGGGAGCCCCUUAUUGCAAGGGCACACCGUUUGAGCACGUGGCACCCGUAUACCAGAAUGCAUGGCAAGCCGUCAGAGACCUUGUGAAGCGAUGCCAUGCCCGAGGCAUCGGGACCCUCAUCGACCUUCACGGCCUUCCAGGCGGAGCAAACGGCGGGGAGCACUCCGGUACCAACAGCGGGAAGGCAGGGUUCUGGGGCUCUGGGAAGUUCAGAGAGCUGGCUACGCGCUGCAUUUGCUUCAUCGUGCAACAAGCUCGCAACAUGGAAGGUGAGUGGUGUAACCAAGAUGCAAGUGGCCCGAAUCAUAGUAACCCUGUCACCAGGCGUCGCCGGCGUACAGCUCGUCAAUGAAGCCGACACGAAUGCGAAAGGCAUGUACGAGUGGUACACGACUGUACUCAGUGAAACGUCCAAGAUCGAUGCCUCGAUGCCUAUCUACAUCUCAGACGGCUGGGACCUCACCCAAGCCGCGACAUGGACCCAGCAACUCAACUCAAUGGCCAGACCGAAUACAAGCCCAGUAGUCAUCGAUACUCAUCUAUAUUGGUGCUUCACUCCCGACGACGCCAGAAAGUCGCCGCAGCAGAUCACAGGCGAAGUGUGGACCAAACUACACGAGAACGAGCUCAAAGAUGGCCGAGUCGUGGAUCAAGGUGCAUCUCAAGCAGUCGUGGGCGAGUACAGCUGUGUCCUCGGCGAGGAGUGUUGGGCCAAGGGAGGAGGCGAACCGAGGGAAGCGCUGUGCCGCAAAUUUGGCAGCGCGCAAUCUCAGCGCUAUCAACAGCGGGCAGGUGGAAGUUUCUUCUGGACGUCUAGAAUGGACUGGAUGCCUGGUGGAGAGUGGGGCUUCAAACAAAUGACCGAGCAAAACGCAAUCGUGGCGCCGGCAUCAUUAGCUCUCGAGCCAGGAGACGUCCAAGGCCGCAUCAACAGUGCCAGCUCUCAGCGCGACUUUCGAAGAGGCAAUACUUGGGGUGCGCACUGCCAGUACUGGGAUACGAACCAUCCUGGACACUACGAGCACGAGCGAUUCGCUCGAGGAUGGGAUGUAGGGUUCGAGGAUGCGGCGGCAUUCUUUGGCAUGCGCAGCCAGCAUGGCCAGAGGGGUGCAGACAAGAUUGGCAUGCUGGAUGUGUGGACACUGAAGCGUCUGCGCGAGAGCGGCCAAGGCGGACCGUUUGUGUGGGAGUAUGAGGAUGGCUUCAGACAGGGAAUUGCCGACUUUUACGGAUGCGUGGGAGUAUGA